GCAGUGCAGCCGUUUAAUAAGGCUGGAGACUGUUCUUAGAUCUGCAUUUUUCUAUUUUAUCUGAUAUGGUAAAAACUUCUGAAUUCAAUUAUCUUCUAGAUAAAGUGUAGUACAUCAUAUUCUUCUACUUUCAGGUUUUUACAGCAUUUGUAAGACUACUUUGGAAAAAAGUAGAAGAGACAUAUUACCAUCAAAAUCACAGGAGGAGGUGAUCUGAUCUCCAAGUAGCUUCCUGUUUUAUAUUUCCUAUAACUGAAGCAGCUGAAUCACCAGAAGAUCUGCUAUCUCUGGCAUGGCAGAUCCUCACCAAUUUUUAAGUCAAUCAGAUUCAGGAAAAUCUGUUGCUAGUCGAAGCAAAGCACUACUUGAUACUAUGAUGUCAAAAGUCAGAUAUCCAUCAUCUCACACAUCUCGAAAAAACAGCGCAGUGAUGGGUCAGUCUUCUUUUGACCCACCCCUUGAAGCAGUUUCCUCUCCAAAUCAUAUGCUGUACUUCAAAAGGGGAGCCGAUCCAGUCCAUACAGACUAUGCAGCCCUACUGGUGAAAAACAAGAGUCUUCAGACAGAGGUAAGGAAUCUUCAAACUAGGCUUCUCACAAAAGAAACAUCAUUGCAAGAGAUGAAAUCUGAGCUGGAAAAUUACAAAGAGAAUAAUGCCAUACAAUCCUCCCAGAUUCUGUCCUUGAAAGAUCAUAUCAGGGAUCUGGAAGAAAUCAAUGCUUCAGCCACCAGAAUAAAGUCUUUGAAAAAUGCCAGCAUUCAGAACCUUGAAAAAGGGAACUGGGAUUUAAGUGAAAGAGUUGCAGAACUUGAAAGUCGUCUAAGAGUACAGCUGGUUGAAAGAGAAAAGGCAGAGCAAAAAGCAGCCAGCUUGGAGAAAAAGUUGGUGGAUGCCACAUAUAAAUUAGCCUCUUUUAUGAAUCUGGAAGUGAAAGGACCAGAUGAUCCCUUUGAGGUUUUAGGGAUGAAGGAUAGUGAUGAAGCUUUCCUGGCUAAGAACUUGGAAAGAGAAAACAUUCUCAUAGACAAAAUGAAAAAUGGGCAGAAGGUUUGGGAUAAAUGUCAACAUGAUUCACUUUACAAGGAAAAACAAAUGUCUAUAAUAGACCAAACCCCAUUUACCUUCAACUGGGAAACUAAAACUACCCAGACUCAGUACCAGAGUUUCAUCAAUCAACUUGCUACUCUUCUAAGCAACACCCUUAUCACUGUACCAGCUACAGAGGAAGCUGUGAGAGAAAGAAUACAAGAAAUCAGUACUAAUGAACAGACUUGGAAUUAUAAAACAGAUGUAUUUCAGCAAGAGAUACAGUUGCUAACUCGGCAGAUUGAACAGUUGCAUCAGCUUUAUCAAGAGGCUGUAUGUGAUUCAUCCCAAACUGAAGAGAAGCAUUUGGAGCAAAAGAAAUCCCUGAAGCUCUGGGAACAGAUAGGUGCCGCUGAUGACUUCUUUCAAGGAAAAUGGGAUUUUGACAAGAAGAAAGGAGAAAAUCAAAGGGGAAAAAACCAAAUGAAGACUUCGCAGACUGAAGAAUUUGGCAAGAGGGCCAGGCAAUUAGAAAAAGAAAAAAGACAGCAAAUAUUUUUAAAUAUUGAGAAGAGCUUACAGAACUCAACAACUGGAAGACUAGAAGAAAAGGUGGAAAAACUUGAGAAAGAGCUUAGUGAAAUGAAAUUGUCAAAUCACAAGAUGAAAACUCAGUUGAUGAGAGUCAAUGACCUCAAAGACAAAACCAUUGAAAAGCUUCAGAAAUCUUUAAAAAGGGUUGAAACAAUUAAAGAGAAGGCAACUAAAAAAGCAGUCAAUUUGAAAACAACAUUAGAUUACACUGAACAAGAAGCCAGAGAGGAAAAAGAGAUGGCCUAUCAAAUGCUGGAAGCUGUCACUAAUGAGCUAUACACAGUAAAAAGAGCACUUGAAGAAGUAGUAAGACGAGAAAAACAGCUCAUGGAUUUUAGAGAAUCUAUUAUGAAGAUGAUGGGCUUUAACAUCAAAAUUCCAGACAAGGAAAUUAUUAAUCAACUCAAGCCCAUCAUACAAGCUUAUGAAAUUUCUUUAAUUACGUCUAACAGCAGAUCAAAAGUUGGUGAUUGUAAGACUGGCCAUGAAAAUGAAUGACACAAAAGAUAUUUGGCUUUUUUUUUCUUCUUCACUGCAAUCAACUAGACUUAAAAUCAUAGAUUGUUUUCUCUAGUGGUUUGAAUAUAAGACCUGUAGAAGAUGGCUAGAGAAUAAAUAAAAUUUGUUUGGCAUUUUCAUUUA